GAAGAAAGGAAUGAAGACGGGACCAAAUGGAGGUUCUGGAGCACAGGGGACCGCUGUUUCCUGCGGAAUACCAACUGUUUCCCGAUGAUGUCAAUUUGUACUAUGACGGCCCAAAUAGAACCUGUUACACAAGAGCAGAGGAAGUGGCCUUCUUCUAUGCUCAGAUGCUGGAUCAUGAGCGUACCACCUGUGACGUGUUCUGUAAGAACUUCCUCACAGACUGGAGAAGGGAGAUGACUCCAGAGGAGAGCAUGUUGAUUACGGACUUGAAUAAGUGCGAUUUCUUCAAGCUUUUCUACCUGAACAAGAGGAGGGUGGAUGCCAAAUAUAACAUGAGCAAGGAGGAGAAACAGGUCAUCACAGAGGUCAAUAAGAGGCUUAUGGAAGAGUAUGGCUACUGCACUCUGAACCAGCACCGUGAACGCAUUGGAAACUUCCGGAUUGAGCCCCCGGGCCUCUUCCAUGGCCAAGGGGAACAUGCCAAAGAGGGCAUGCUGAAGAGGAGGAUUCAGCCUGAGGACAUAAUCAUCAACUGCAGCAAACAGGCACGUAUCCCAGAGCCUCCUCCAGGUCACCAGUGGAAGGAAGUUCGCCAUGACAACACUGUUACAUGGCUAGCCAGCUGGACAGAGAACAUUCAGGGGGCCAGCAGAUACAUCAGGCUUAAUGCCAGCUCCAAACCUCAGGGUGAGAAGGACUGGGAGAGGUAUGAGCUGGCCCGGAGACUGCACUCCUACGUUGACCAGAUCCGGUCCCAGUACUACCAGGACAUGGAUUCGGCAGAGAUGGCGAUUCGGCAGAGAGCCACCGCUCUCUACUUCAUUGACAAACUGGCCCUGAGUGUGGGGAGCGAAAAGGAGGUGAGCUGCUCCUCUCUCCAUGUGAAAAACGUCACUCUGCACAAAGACCGUGACAGGAAUGAGUACACGGUGGAGUUCGACUUCCUGAGGGAAGACCUAAUCCGCUCCUACAAUAAAGUGCCCGUCACGCAGAGGGUCUAUAAAAACCUCAAGGAUUUCAUUGAGGCCAAGGAAGCAGGGGACAAAUUGUUCAACCUACUGACCACAUCCACUCUAAAUGAGUACAUCAGCUCACUGAUGCCCGGUCUGACCGCCAAAGUGUUUCGAACACAAAACACCUCUGUCGCCCUGCAAAAGAGCCUGAGAGAACGGUCCUGCUUGUCAGAUGGCCAGGCUGAGAAGCUGCUUGCCUACAACAGGGCAAACUGUGCAGCUGCUGUUCACUGUAACCGCCAGCAGGCGGAUACAAAGAACUUUGAGCAGUCCAUGGCUGGACUGCAUGCCGAGAUUGACAGUAUGACACAGGAGCUUGUGCAGGCCAAGACUGAGCUGACAUUGGCCACAUGGAAAGCCAAGGGCUGCCCCAACAGCAAGUGGCAUGUGUGA